CUUUGUCUGACUCAUCAACUUUCUGUUCUUAUAUCUCUCUCUCUGGUGUGCGCUUUAAUGGCAGGUUGAGUAAGGAACAAGAAAGCUUUAUUGUUGUUGUAUUUUUCGCGCUUUUUGAUCGCUACUAGUUGGUUUUAUUGUCGGAAUGGGGAGGAAAGAUCAGAAAAAGAAUGAUACGGAGAAGAUAGAAGCUGUUCUUGAGUUGUUGAGGAAACAAGCUCCGCUUACAGUGAAACAGGAAAAGUUCUGCAACUAUGCUUGUGUGGGGCGAUUUCUGAAAGCAAAAGGAGACAGUGUGAAGAAAGCAGCGAAGCAUUUAAGAGCAUGCCUUUCUUGGAGGGAGAGUAUCGGCACUGAAUAUUUGAUUGCAGAUGAGUUUUCUGCCGAGCUUGCAGAAGGUUUCGCUUACGUUGCUGGUCAUGACAACGAUUCCAGACCUGUUGUGAUUUUCCGUAUUAAACAAGAUUAUCAGAAGUUCCACUCUCAGAAACUGUUCAUCCGUUUGCUGGUAUUUACACUAGAAGUAGCCAUUGGAUCCAUGCCUAAAAACAUCGAGCAAUUCGUCCUCCUCUUCGAUGCUAGCUUUUACAGAUCAGCUUCGGCUUUUAUGAAUUUAUUAUUAGCAUCAUUAAAGAUCGUAUCGGAAUACUACCCCGGACGGUUGGACAAGGGCUUCGUCAUCGACCCUCCCUCCCUUUUCUCUUACCUCUGGAAGGGAGUUCGUCCAUUCGUAGAACUAUCGACGGUGACGAUGGUGGUGUCUUCACUCGACUACGAAGAGUCAUCGGACUACGAUUUCACGGCAUUCCCGCGAUCCUCCUCUCUGCGUUUCGAUCCCUCAUCGAUUCCGUCAACGGGGAAGAUUGGCACUUCGUCCUCUACCCGGUUCGCCUUCACGGUCUCUCAGCAUUUCGACUCUGUCAAGCCUUGGUACCUGAGCUUGAAGGACACGUCAGCAUCUAAGGUGGGGACCACCAGCAGCCCAUCUGCAUCUCUCAUGGGCCCCGCUCUCAUUUCCUCAAACACCGCUCGUUCAUUCUCUUUCGCUUCACCGGCUGCCAGGACCCCACGUUGCAGCACCCCUGGGCCCACCAGGAAGAACCACCAGUUCUUCACUUCGACCCCAUUGCCACAGAGAUUCAACAACAGCAGCAGCAGCAAUCCGAGGACACCAAGACCAUCAUUCCUUCAAUCUCCCGCUAUGUUCUUCAGGAAAGACAACGAAUGCCUCGUCAGCCGAACGGGGAAGAGCCGAGAGUCCUUCUUACCCUUCUUGAGGUUCUACAGAAGGCCAUACGACGAGAUGGUUUACAGGUCAAAGAUGAAGCCACCACUGGGUGGGCUCAUCUCCAUCGUCUCUCCCCAUAUGAAACGCCGCCACAUGUCACAAUCUCAGAGGUUCUAAACACACGAAGUACAUACACAUUUCCCAUAUAUAUUAUUAUAAUUGAUCAUAGUUAAUAAACCUACUACUAAUAAUGACUGUCUCUCUUUAAGAUCGAAAUGUGAAAAGGGAUACUAGCGGUGACUGCGUGAGUUUAGAGAGAGAAAAAAAAGCAAGCUAGAGACAACGUACUAAGCGGGGUGUGAACUGUUGUGCAUUGUUGUCUCAUUUUUGGGUCUUGUAGUCUCUCUGUCUCUCUGUCUUUAAUGGAGUCAAAGUCUACGUUUCGGGGUUCGUCGGAAAGUGGAGGUAUUGGAAAAGCGAUAGCGUGGUCGGGACGCCCAACAUCGUAUCGGAAACCAUUCGAGAGUAGAUGGAGAAAGCCGGGUCAGGAAGACCAGGAAGGGAAAAAAAAAAUCCAUGUUUGGUUUUGAUUUUGAGAAAUCAACUUUUUUUUGACUUUUGAGGAAUCUUUGACGUUAGUUUGGUAACUUGGUUAGUUUGGUAACUUGUUAAUAAUGAAGUUUGAAAGCUCCUUCUUCGAUGUGAA